AUGGCACGUCCCGCCAGCAGCGGCCAGGUCAAGUACGUCGUUCGUCUCGAUGUCGACAAGAUACGAGACGGAGGAGAUACAUCUGCCACGGUGCACAAAGGGGACCAGACAGACGCAAUUCCUCGCAUCGACAUGUCAGUAUCGCCAGGGCCCGGGCCACAAGGAGGUUUGCCUCGCUUGCCGAGCCAGCUUAGCAUUCUGCCCAUGCUGGCAGACAUCUUCAGCUUGCGGUCCAUCACGAGCGACGAGCGCUCUGACUUGAUUGACAUGUCGACAACCUGCCCGCUCCCCAGUCUCAAGAGCAUGAUUGGUGCCCUUCACUUCAUGGGAAUCAAGGAGGACGAGCCGCGGCCGGCCGGUGUGAAGAAGAGACGGUCACGUACGAAGAGGGUAUUUGGGAGGGAGCAGCAGCAGUAG